UGCGCAGACUCGAGAAUGAAGCAAUGACGUCCUUGUCUACGUCAUCACUGCGCGCUGCGAAUCAGGAAGUGCUCUGUGCCGGAAAAUGUUUACGUUUACUUUAACCUUCGUUCGUCAUGGAGAAACGCAGUACAACAAGGACAAGCUAUUGCAAGGCCAGGGUGUGGACACCCUCCUCUCGGACACGGGUGUACGGCAGGCCGAGGCUGUUGGUCGAUACCUGGCGGACGUUCCAUUCAGCGAGGUGUACGCCAGUAACCUCCAGCGGGCCGUGCAGACUGCUGAACACAUCCUGGCUAACAACACGUGCUCCUGUGGCGUGGAGCUGCUGCUGGAGCCUUUGCUAGCAGAGAGGGGUUUCGGUGUCGCCGAAGGGAGACCCAAGGAGGAGCUGAAGAACAUGGCCAACGCUGCCGGUCAGUCGUGCCGGGACUUUACGCCCCCUGGUGGAGAAACAUUGGAGCAGGUGAAGCUACGAUUCCAAAAUUUCCUGAAGCUCCUUUUUGCCAAGAUGCAGGAUGCGCAGGGCUGGGGGUCGCCCGCGGCCGCCCCGGACGAGGAGGGCGCGCGGCGCUCCUCGGCCCACGUGCUGGUCGUCAGCCACGGCGCCUACAUCCGCGUGGCCGUGCGUCACCUGCUGGAGGACCUGAAGUGCUCGCUGCCCCCCGCCUCCAAGACGUCCCAGCUGCUGACCCCGUGCCCCAACACGGGCGUCAGCCGCUUCGUCCUCACCCUCGCCGCCUCCUCGUCCGGCCCCGUCCUCCAUGGGGCUCGCUGCGUUUUCGCCAACAGGAAGGACCACCUGGAAUCGCUCAGGACCGACCUCUAGCCUGGACGGGGGGCGUUCGGCAUCGAACAGGGUAACCAUUGAUCAUCUUAUUUAUUGAUCUGCGACACUUUAUGGCAAUCUUUGAGUUUACGUGUGGAGGAGGAGGAGGAGCGGCGCCACCGCAUCACGCCAUCGUGUGUACCCAUGUGACCGGUGGGAACACGCCGCCGCCAUCGAUACGUGACGGCGCAACCAAUGAAAUUAGCCACGAAAAGGACAGGAAGUCAUCGUCAACAAUCUUUGGACCUCUCACUCUUUGUUGUUUGCUUGGCUUUUAUUGAGAAAACUACUACACAAACUGUGUACUUCAUACUCCCUAAUGGUGGCUGUGUACAUAGUACUGUGUGUACUCCAACAACAGUGGCUGUGUACAUAGUACUGUGUGUACUCCAACAACAGUGGCUGUGUACAUAGUACUGUGUGUACUCCAACAACGGUGGCUGUGUACAUAGUACUGUGUUUACUCCAACAACGGUGGCUGUGUACAUAGUACUGUGUGUACUCCAACAACGGUGGCUGUGUACACAGUACUGUGUGUACUCCAACAACGGUGGCUGUGUACACAGUACUGUGUGUACUCCAACAACAGUGGCUGUGUACACAGUACUGUGUGUACUCCAACACUAGUGGCAGUCUACACAGUACUGUGUGUACUCCAACAACGGUGGCUGUGUACAUAGUACUAUGUGUACAACAACAGUGGCUAUGUACAUAGUACUGUGUGUACUCCAACAACAGUGGCUGUGUACAUAGUACUGUGUGUACGACAUACUCCCCAAUGGUGGCUGUGUACAUAGUACUAUGUGUACUCCAACAAUGGUGGCAGUCUACAUAGUACUGUGUGUACAACAAUGGCUGUGUACAAAGUACUGUGUUUGCUCCAACAACAGUGGCUGUGUACAAAGUACUGUGUGUACUCCAACACUGGUGGCAAUCUACAUAGUACUGUGUGUACUCCAACAACAGUGGCUGUGUACAUAGUACUGUGUGUACUCCAACAACACUGGCUGUGUACAUAGUACUGUGUGUACUCCAACAACACUGGCUGUGUACAUAGUACUGUGUGUACUCCAACAACACUGGCUGUGUACAAAGUACUGUGUGUACUCCAACAAUGGUGGCUGUGUACAUAGUACUGUGUGUACAACAAUGAUGGGAGUUUACAUAGUACUGUGUGUACUCCAACACUGGUGGCAGUCUACACAGUACUUUGUGUACUCCAACACUGGUGGCAGUCUACAUAGUACUGUGUGUACUCCAACAACGGUGGCUGUGUACAUAGUACUGUGUGUACAACAGUGGCUGUGUACAUAGUACUGUGUGUACAACAGUGGCUGUGUACACAGUACUGUGUGUACUCCAACAACACUGGCUGUGUACACAGUACUGUGUGUACUCCAACAACGGUGGCUGUGUACACAGUACUGUGUGUACUCCAACAACGGUGGCUGUGUACAUAGUACUGUGUGUACUCCAACAACGGUGGCUGUGUACAUAGUACUGUGUGUACAACAGUGGCUGUGUACACAGUACUGUGUUUACUCCAACAACAGUGGCUGUGUACAAAGUACUGUGUGUACUCCAACACUGGUGGCAGUCUACACAGUACUGUGUGUACUCCAACAACAGUGGCUGUGUACAUAGUACUGUGUGUACAACAAUGGUGGGAGUUUACAUAGUACUGUGUGUACUCCAACACUGGUGGCAGUCUACAUAGUACUGUGUGUACUCCAACAACGGUGGCUGUGUACAUAGUACUUUGUGUACUCCAACACUGGUGGCAGUCUACAUAGUACUGUGUGUACUCCAACAACGGUGGCUGUGUACAUAGUACUGUGUGUACAACAACAGUGGCUGUGUACAUAGUACUGUGUGUACUCCAACAACAGUGGCUGUGUACAAAGUACUGUGUUUACUCCAACAACAGUGGCUGUGUACACAGUACUGUGUGUACUCCAACAAUGGUGGCUGUGUACAUAGUACUAUGUGUACAACAACGGUGGCUGUGUACAUAGUACUGUGUAUACUCCAACAACAGUGGCUGUGUACACAGUACUGUGUGUACUCCAACAACGGUGGCUGUGUACAAAGUACUAUGUGUACUCCAACACUGGUGGCAGUCGACACAGUACUUUGUGUACUCCAACACUGGUGGCAGUCUACACAGUACUGUGUGUACUCCAACAAUGGUGGCUGUGUACAUAGUACUGUGUGUACAACAAUGGUGGGAGUUUACAUAGUACUGUGUGUACUCCAACACUGGUGGCAGUCUACAUAGUACUGUGUGUACUCCAACAACGGUGGCUGUGUACAUAGUACUGUGUGUACUCCAACAACGGUGGCUGUGUACAUAGUACUGUGUGUACAACAAUGGUGGCUGUGUACAUAGUACUGUGUGUACUCCAACAACGGUGGCUGUGUACAUAGUACUGUGUUUACUACAACAACAGUGGCUGUGUACAUAGUACUGUGUGUACUCCAACAACAGUGGCUGUGUACAAAGUACUGUGUUUACUCCAACAACAGUGGCUGUGUACACAGUACUGUGUGUACUCCAACAACGGUGGCUAUGUACAUAGUACUGUGUGUACAACAAUGGUGGCAGUCUACAUAGUACUGUGUGUACUCCAACAACGGUGGCUAUGUACAUAGUACUGUGUGUACUCCAACUAUGGCGGCUGUGUACAUCUACAUAGUACUGUGUGUACUCCAACUAUGGCGGCAGUCUACAUAGUACUGUGUGUACUCCAACAACGGUGGCUGUGUACACAGUACUGUGUGUACUCCAACAACAGUGGCUGUGUACACAGUACUGUGUGUACUACAUCUCCUUAACGGUGGCUGUGUACAUAGGGAGUAUGUCAUACACACAGUACUAACAGUGGCUGUGUACAUAGUACUGUGUGUACUCCAACAACGGCGAGUACUACUACCGCAUGUUUAUUAGUUCCGUACGUAGACACAAUACAAUGACGAUAUACUGAAUGUGUACUCCUGAUGUGUAUAAAUAACAUAAAUAAGGUAAAGAAUGUACUUCAAUAAAUAAAUCCUGUUUGUAAGUUGAGGAUUAUGAAUGAAUAUUUACAUCAUAUUUACAUGAAAUGGUUGCACUGACAAUUGAUUAGGUACGCCAGCGACCCGCACUACUUCAUGAUGAAGUAUUCUGGGGUACUUUAGUACAGAUAGUUGAAAUAAAAGCCUUAUGAA